AUGCCCAAAUCACUGUCAGCCGGACCAUGCGUUGACUCGGAGCCCGGUUUCUCCGCCCGCCGCCUUUCGCGACCGUCUGUUCUGGCAAUUCCGCUCACUUCCGCGUUUCGCGUCGCAUCACCCGCUGCCCUGUUCUCGUCUCCGCAAUCCGCGCGCGACCCGUUUUCGCUGCUGCCAGACGAGCUCAUCGUCGAUAUCUUCGCCCGCGUCGGCUGCGGCGCGGCUGACGUAAGUAUCAUCUCGCUGACGUGCAGAAGAUUUCGUGCUCUCACGCGCUACGUCCCAGCGCUCCGUUUCGCCCCAUCUGACGUUGCAAGCGGCGACCGCGCGGCGGCGACAGCCUCUCCCGCGCGACUCGAGGAGCUCGUUUCGCGCAUAGUCCUGAAAACGCGGUCGCUGCAGCACCUCCACGUGUCGUCAGCGCUAGCCGCUGACGGUGCUGGCGCCUGCUCUUGCGCCGAGAAUGACGGCAGCGGCGCGGCGGAGCUGCAUCAUCACGCCGCGUGCGCCAGUGCCGGCGCGAGUGGCAGCGACUCGAACGGCUGCUGCAAUUUCUGCGGGUGCCACGUGGCGGCUCCGCAGCAACACCCGCGCGAAUUCAUCUUCGAAGCGUGGAUGCGCCACGUCGGGCCGCAACUACAAUCGCUCGUCUUCUCGCGCUCCUUGCAACCUCCUCCGCGCAGCGGCAGUUGCGCUGGGUCGUGCGGGAGCACGUGCGGCGCGGCCGGCGGGAUGACGGUGAACGUGUGGGAAAACGAAGAUCUCAGCGUGCAUUUGCGCCACGUGGCACGCCACUGUUCGUCGCUGAAAUCCCUCUCCCUGGGCUCCCUGUCGCUCUCCUCGUCCCUGCUGACGUGUCAUCUCCCGCCAAUGCGACACCUGGAACACCUCUCGCUCUCCUGGAUUCACGCGUCCAAUGAGAGCCUUCAAGCCGUCCUCGACGCUUCGCCGAACCUUCGCCGGCUCUCCAUUUUUAUGGCCACGGGCUGCCCACGGAUAAAUCUUCGCCUGCCCGCUACAGUGGAGCACGUCGAGCUCGCGUAUCUGCGCGCCGAGUCCUGCUCGUUCCGCAACGCCCGCGCGCUCCGCUCGCUAUCCGUUCGAGACAUGUUCGUGCGCUCGGUGUCCGUGCGCGACGCUCCGCUUCUGCGCCACGUGGCGGUCGCCAGCGCGAGCGUGCUCGACGUGGCGGCUCCUGAUUCGCCGCUCCUUGCCUCGCUGGACCUUAAAGCCGCGGCGUUCGGCUGGACGGCGAUAAAAGCCCUGGUUCAAACCGCGGGCGCGUCUUUAAUCUCCUUCUCGCUAGACUUCUUCUCCGCGGGACCUGGCGCGAUUUCCGCUGGGGUGUUCUCCCUGACCUGGCUCGCAGCCUCGUGUCCGAACCUGAAGGCGCUCAGCUUCGGCGCGCUGCCGUGGCAGCUCGUCGUCUCGUGGGCGGCCGCGGCGGGCGCGUUCCGCGCGGACGGCGGGCGCGCGGACGACGCGUACGCGGAACGCGGGUACGAGAUGCGCGCGGAUCAUCCGUGGCCGCAACUGGCGGAGAUUAAGGUGCGCGUGCAGGAGGAGCGACCCGAGGCGCUGCUGCUGCUGCACACCAUGCUGUGCCGCAUGCCUUCCCUUAGAUCGCUCCAAGUAAGCUUAGUUCCCGGGGAUGACGAGGAGGAAGAAGAGGUAGAGGAGGAGGGAGAGGAGGGGUAUGAGGGAGAGGAGGUUGAAGGGGAGAUGGAGGAAGGGAUGGGGGAGGAGGGGGUGAUGGAGGAGGGGAUGGAGGAGGAGUGGGAGGAGGAAGAGAAGGAUGUCAAUAUGACUGGAGAAGACGAGGGCUCUCCCCAGCAGGCGCGCGAAAUGGAGGGCCAGGAGGCGGGAGGGCGAGGAGCGGGAGGAGUGGUCUCUAAUGGUAACGCUCUCUCUAAUGGUAACGCCCUCUCUAAUGGUAACGCACUCUCUAAUGGUAACGCCCUCUUUAAUGGUAACGGCCUCUCUAAUAGUAACGCCCUCUCUAAUGGUAACGCCCUCUCUAAUGGUAACGCCUUCUCUAAUGGUAACGCCCUCUCUAAUGGUAACGCCCUCUCUAAUGGUAACGGCAUUUUUAAUGGUAACGCCCUCUCUAAUGGUAACGGCACUUUUAAUGGUAACGCCCUCUCUAAUGGUAACGGCCUCUCUAAUGGUAACGGCCUCUCUAAUGAUAACGGCCUCUCUAAUGGUAAUGCCCUCUCUAAUGGUAACGCCCUCUCUAAUGGUAACGCCCUCUCUAAUGGUAAUGCCAUCUCUAAUGGUAACGGCUUCUCUAAUGGUAACGCCCUCUCUAAUUGUAACGCUCUCUCUAAUGGUGACGCCCUCUCUAAUGGUAACGCCCUCUCUAAUGGUAACGCACUCUCUAAUGGUAACGCCCUCUUUAAUGGUAACGGCCUCUCUAAUAGUAACGCCCUCUCUAAUGGUAACGCCCUCUCUAAUGGUAACGCCCUCUCUAAUGGUAACGCCCUCUCUAAUGGUAACGCCCUCUCUAAUGGUAACGGCAUUUUUAAUGGUAACGCCCUCUCUAAUGGUAACGGCAUUUUUAAUGGUAACGCCCUCUCUAAUGGUAACGGCCUCUCUAAUGGUAACGGCCACUCUAAUGAUAACGGCCUCUCUAAUGGUAAUGCCCUCUCUAAUGGUAACGCCCUCUCUAAUGGUAACGCCCUCUCUAAUGGUAAUGCCAUCUCUAAUGGUAACGGCCUCUCUAAUGGUAACGGUCUCUCUAAUGGUAACGGCCUCUCUAAUGGUAACGCCCUCUCUAAUUGUAACGCCCUCUCUAAUGGUAACGCCAUCUCUAAUGGUAACGCAAUUUCUAAUGGUAACGCCCGCUCUAAUGGUAACGCCCUCUCUAAUGGUAACGCCCUCUCUAAUGGUAACGCCCUCUCUAAUGGUAACGCCCUCUCUAAUGGUAACGCCUUCUUUAAUGGUAACGCCCUCUCUUAUGGUGACGCCCUCUCUAAUGGUAACGCCCUCUCUAAUGGUGACGCCCUCUCUAAUGGUAACGCCCUCUCUAAUGGUAACGCUCUCUCUAAUGGUAACGCCCUCUCUAAUGGUAACGCACUCUCUAAUGGUAACGCCCUCUUUAAUGGUAACGGCCUCUCUAAUAGUAACGCCCUCUCUAAUGGUAACGCCCUCUCUAAUGGUAACGCCCUCUCUAAUGGUAACGCCCUCUCUAAUGGUAACGCGCUCUUUAAUGGUAACGACCUCUCUAAUAGUAACGCCCUCUCUAAUGGUAACGCCCUCUCUAAUGGUAACGCUCUCUCUAAUGGUAACGUCCUCUCUAAUGGUAACGCCCUCUCUAAUGGUAACGCCCUCUCUAAUGGUAACGCCAUCUCUAAUGGUAACGGCCUCUCUAAUAAUGACGGCCUCUCUAAUGGUAACGGUCUCUCUAAUGGUAACGACCUCUCUCAUGGUAACGGCCUCUCUAAUGGUAACGGCAUCUCUAAUGGUAACGGCCUCUCGAAUGGUAACGUCCUCUCUAAUGGUAACCGCCUCUCUAAGGGCGUAUUCCUAACUUCUGGUAACGCCCUCUCUAAUGGUAACGCCCUCUCUAAUGGUAACGCCCUCUCUAAUGGUAACGGCCUCUCUAAUGGUAACGCUCUCUCUAAUGGUAACGCCCUCUCUAAUGGUAACGCCCUCUCCAAUGGUAACGCCCUUUCUCAUGGUAACGCCCUCUCUAAUAGUAACGCCCUCUCUAAUGGUAACGCCCUCUCUCAUGGUAGCGCCCUCUCUAAUGGUAGCGCCCUCUUUAAUGGUAACGCCCUCUUUAAUGGUAACGCCCUCUCUAAUGGUAACGCCCUCUCUAAUGGUAACGCCCUCUCUCAUGGUAACGCCCUCUCUAAUGGUAACGCCCUCACUAAUGGUAACGCCCUCUCUAAUGGUAACGCCCUCUCUAAUGGUAACGCAAUUUCUAAUGGUAACGCCCUCUCUAAUGGUUACGCCCUCUCUAAUGGUAACGCCCUCUCUAAUGAUAACGCCCUCUCUAAUGGUAACGCCCUCUCUAAUGGUAACACCCUCUCUAAUGAUAACGCCCUCUUUAAUGGUAACGCCCUCUCUAAUGGUAACGCCCUCUCUAAUGGUAACGCCCUCUUUAAUGGUAACGCCCUCUCUAAUGGUAACGCCCUCUCUAAUGGUAACGCCCUCUCUAAUGGUAACGCCCUCUCUAAUGGUGACGCCCUCUCUAAUGGUAACACCCUCUCUAAUGGUAGCGCCCUCUCUAAUGGUAGCGCCCUCUCUAAUGGUAACGCCCUCUCUAAUGGUAACGCAAUUUCUAAUGGUAACGCCCCCUCUAAUGGUAUCGCCCUCUCUAAUGGUAACGCCCUCUCUAAUGGUAACGCCCUCUUUAAUGGUAACGCUUUCUCUUAUGGUAACGCCCUCUCUAAUGGUAACGCCCUCUCUAAUGGUAACGCCCUCUCUAAUGGUAACGCAAUCUCUAAUGGUAACGCCCUCUCUAAUGGUAACGCCCCCUCUAAUGGUAACGCCCUCUCUAGUGGUAACGCCCUCUUUAAUGGUAACGCCCUUUCUAAUGGUAACGCCCUCUCUAAUGGUAACGCCCUCUUUAAUGGUAACGCCCUCUCUAAUGGUAACGCCUCUCUAAUGGUGACGCCCUCUCUUAUGGUGACGCCCUCUCUAAUGGUAACGCCCUCUCUAAUGGUGACGCCCUCUCUAAUGUGCCCUCUCUCUAAUGGUAGCGCCCUCUCUAAUAGUAGCGCCCUCUCUAAUGGUAGCGCCAUCUCUAAUGGUAACGCCCUCUCUAAUGGUAACGCCCUCUCUAAUGGUAACGCCCUCUCUAAUGGUAACGCCCUCCCUAAUGGUAACGCCCUCUCUAAUGGUAACGCCCUCUCUAAUGGUAACGCCCUCUCUAAUGGUAACGCCCUCUCUAAUGGUAACGCCCUCCCUAAUGGUAACGCCCUCUCUAAUGGUAACGGCCUUUCUAAUGGUAACGCCAUCUCUAAUGGUAACGCUUUCUCUAAUGGUGACGCCCUCUUUAAUGGUAACGCCCGCUCUAAUGGUAACGCCCUCUCUAAUGGUAACGCCCUCUUUAAUGGUAACGCCCUCUCUAAUGGUAACGCCCUCUCUAAUGGUAACGCCCUCUUUAAUGGUAACGCCCUCUCUAAUGGUAACGCCCUUUUUAAUGGUAACGCCCUCUCUAAUGGUAACGCCUCUCUAAUGGUGACGCCAUCUCUUAUGGUGACGCCCUCUCUAAUGGUAAUGCCCUCUCUAAUGGUGACGCCCUCUCUAAUGCGCCCUCUCUCUAAUGGUAGCGCCCUCUCUAGUAGUAGCGCCCUCUCUAAUGGUAGCGCCAUCUCUAAUGGUAACGCCCUCUCUAAUGGUAACGCCCUCUCUAAUGGUAACGCCCUCUCUAAUGGUAACGCCCUCUCUAAUGGUAACGCCCUCUCUAAUGGUAACGGCAUUUUUAAUGGUAACGCCCUCUCUAAUGGUAACGGCCUCUCUAAUGGUAACGGCCUCUCUAAUGAUGACUGCCUCUCUAAUGGUAAUGCCCUCUCUAAUGGUAACGCCCUCUCUAAUGGUAACGCCCUCUCUAAUGGUAAUGCCAUCUCUAAUGGUAACGGCCUCUUUAAUGGUAACGGUCUCUCUAAUGGUAACGGCCUCUCUAAUGGUAACGCCCUCUCUAAUUGUAACGCCCUCUCUAAUGGUAACGCCCUCUCUAAUGGUAACGCAAUUUCUAAUGGUAACGCCCGCUCUAAUGGUAACGCCCUCUCUAAUGGUAACGCCCUCUCUAAUGGUAACGCCCUCUUUAAUGGUAACGCCCUCUCUAAUGGUAACGCCCUUUUUAAUGGUAACGCCCUCUCUAAUGGUAACGCCCUCUCUAAUGGUAACGCCUCUCUAAUGGUGACGCCCUCUCUUAUGGUGACGCCCUCUCUAAUGUGCCCUCUCUCUAAUGGUAGCGCCCUCUCUAAUAGUAGCGCCCUCUCUAAUGGUAGCGCCAUCUCUAAUGGUAACGCCCUCUCUAAUGGUAACGCCCUCUCUAAUGGUAACGCCCUCUCUAAUGGUAACGCCCUCCCUAAUGGUAACGCCCUCUCUAAUGGUAACGCCCUCUCUAAUGGUAACGCCCUCUCUAAUGGUAACGCCCUCUCUAAUGGUAACGCCCUCCCUAAUGGUAACGCCCUCUCUAAUGGUAACGGCCUUUCUAAUAGUAACGCCAUCUCUAAUGGUAACGCUUUCUCUAAUGGUGACGCCCUCUUUAAUGGUAACGCCAUCUCUAAAAGAAACGCCCUCUCUAAUAGUAACGCCCUUUCUCAUGGUAACGCCCUCUCUAAUGGUGACGCCUCUCUAAUGCGCCCUCUCUCUAAUGGUAGCGCCCUCUCUAAUAGUAGCGCCCUCUCUAAUGGUAGCGCCAUCUCUAAUGGUAACGCCCUCUCUAAUGGUAACGCCCUCUCUAAUGGUAACGCCCUCUCUAAUGGUAACGCCCUCUCUAAUGGUAACGCCCUCUCUAAUGGUAACGGCAUUUUUAAUGGUAACGCCCUCUCUAAUGGUAACGGCCUCUCUAAUGGUAACGGCCUCUCUAAUGAUAACUGCCUCUCUAAUGGUAAUGCCCUCUCUAAUGGUAACGCCCUCUCUAAUGGUAACGCCCUCUCUAAUGGUAAUGCCAUCUCUAAUGGUAACGGCCUCUUUAAUGGUAACGGUUUCUCUAAUGGUAACGGCCUCUCUAAUGGUAACGCCCUCUCUAAUUGUAACGCCCUCUCUAAUGGUAACGCCCUCUCUAAUGGUAACGCAAUUUCUAAUGGUAACGCCCGCUCUAAUGGUAACGCCCUCUCUAAUGGUAACGCCCUCUCUAAUGGUAACGCCCUCUUUAAUGGUAACGCCCUCUCUAAUGGUAACGCCCUUUUUAAUGGUAACGCCCUCUCUAAUGGUAACGCCCUCUCUAAUGGUAACGCCUCUCUAAUGGUGACGCCCUCUCUUAUGGUGACGCCCUCUCUAAUGUGCCCUCUCUCUAAUGGUAGCGCCCUCUCUAAUAGUAGCGCCCUCUCUAAUGGUAGCGCCAUCUCUAAUGGUAACGCCCUCUCUAAUGGUAACGCCCUCUCUAAUGGUAACGCCCUCUCUAAUGGUAACGCCCUCCCUAAUGGUAACGCCCUCUCUAAUGGUAACGCCCUCUCUAAUGGUAACGCCCUCUCUAAUGGUAACGCCCUCUCUAAUGGUAACGCCCUCCCUAAUGGUAACGCCCUCUCUAAUGGUAACGGCCUUUCUAAUGGUAACGCCAUCUCUAAUGGUAACGCUUUCUCUAAUGGUGACGCCCUCUUUAAUGGUAACGCCAUCUCUAAAAGAAACGCCCUCUCUAAUAGUAACGCCCUUUCUCAUGGUAACGCCCUCUCUAAUGGUGACGCCUCUCUAAUGUGCCCUCUCUCUAAUGGUAGCGCCCUCUCUAAUAGUAGCGCCCUCUCUAAUGGUAGCGCCAUCUCUAAUGGUAACGCCCUCUCUAAUGGUAACGCCCUCUCUAAUGGUAACGCCCUCUCUAAUGGUAACGCCCUCCCUAAUGGUAACGCCCUCUCUAAUGGUAACGCCCUCUCUAAUGGUAACGCCCUCUCUAAUGGUAACGCCCUCUCUAAUGGUAACGCCCUCCCUAAUGGUAACGCCCUCUCUAAUGGUAACGGCCUUUCUAAUGGUAACGCCAUCUCUAAUGGUAACGCUUUCUCUAAUGGUGACGCCCUCUUUAAUGGUAACGCCAUCUCUAAAAGAAACGCCCUCUCUAAUAGUAACGCCCUUUCUCAUGGUAACGCCCUCUCUAAUGGUGACGCCUCUCUAAUGCGCCCUCUCUCUAAUGGUAGCGCCCUCUCUAAUAGUAGCGCCCUCUCUAAUGGUAGCGCCAUCUCUAAUGGUAACGCCCUCUCUAAUGGUAACGCCCUCUCUAAUGGUAACGCCCUCUCUAAUGGUAACGCCCUCUCUAAUGGUAACGCCCUCUCUAAUGGUAACGGCAUUUUUAAUGGUAACGCCCUCUCUAAUGGUAACGGCCUCUCUAAUGGUAACGGCCUCUCUAAUGAUAACUGCCUCUCUAAUGGUAAUGCCCUCUCUAAUGGUAACGCCCUCUCUAAUGGUAACGCCCUCUCUAAUGGUAAUGCCAUCUCUAAUGGUAACGGCCUCUUUAAUGGUAACGGUCUCUCUAAUGGUAACGGCCUCUCUAAUGGUAACGCCCUCUCUAAUUGUAACGCCCUCUCUAAUGGUAACGCCCUCUCUAAUGGUAACGCAAUUUCUAAUGGUAACGCCCGCUCUAAUGGUAACGCCCUCUCUAAUGGUAACGCCCUCUCUAAUGGUAACGCCCUCUUUAAUGGUAACGCCCUCUCUAAUGGUAACGCCCUUUUUAAUGGUAACGCCCUCUCUAAUGGUAACGCCCUCUCUAAUGGUAACGCCUCUCUAAUGGUGACGCCCUCUCUUAUGGUGACGCCCUCUCUAAUGUGCCCUCUCUCUAAUGGUAGCGCCCUCUCUAAUAGUAGCGCCCUCUCUAAUGGUAGCGCCAUCUCUAAUGGUAACGCCCUCUCUAAUGGUAACGCCCUCUCUAAUGGUAACGCCCUCUCUAAUGGUAACGCCCUCCCUAAUGGUAACGCCCUCUCUAAUGGUAACGCCCUCUCUAAUGUAACGCCCUCUCUAAUGGUAACGCCCUCUCUAAUGGUAACGCCCUCUCUAAUGGUAAUGCUCUCUCUAAUGGUAACGCCCUCUCUAAUGGUAACUGGUAACGCCCUCUCUAAUGGUAACGCCCUCUCUAAUGGUAACGCCCUCUCUAAUGGUAACGGCCUCUCUAAUGGUAACGCUCUCUCUAAUGGUAACGCCCUCUCUAAUGGUAACGCCCUCUCCAAUGGUUACGCCCUUUCUCAUGGUAACGCCCUCUCUAAUAGUAACGCCCUCUCUAAUGGUAAUGCCUUCUCUCAUGGUAGCGCCCUCUCUAAUGGUAGCGCCCUCUUUAAUGGUAACGCCCUCUUUAAUGGUAACGCCCUCUCUAAUGGUAACGCCCUCUCUAAUGGUAACGCCCUCUCUAAUGGUAACGCCCUCUCUAAUGGUAACGCCCUCUCUAAUGGUAACGCAAUUUCUAAUGGUAACGCCCUCUCUAAUGGUUACGCCCUCUCUAAUGGUAACGCCCUCUCUAAUGGUAACGCCCUCUCUAAUGGUAACGCCCUCUCUAAUGGUAACACCCUCUCUAAUGAUAACGCCCUCUUUAAUGGUAACGCCCUCUCUAAUGGUAACGCCCUCUCUAAUGGUAACGCCCUCUUUAAUGGUAACGCCCUCUCUAAUGGUAACGCCCUCUCUAAUGGUAACGCCCUCUCUAAUGGUAACGCCCUCUCUAAUGGUGACGCCCUCUCUAAUGGUGACGCCCUCUCUAAUGGUAAUGCCAUCUCUAAUGGUAACGGCCUCUUUAAUGGUAACGGUCUCUCUAAUGGUAACGGCCUCUCUAAUGGUAACGCCCUCUCUAAUUGUAACGCCCUCUCUAAUGGUAACGCCCUCUCUAAUGGUAACGCAAUUUCUAAUGGUAACGCCCGCUCUAAUGGUAACGCCCUCUCUAAUGGUAACGCCCUCUCUAAUGGUAACGCCCUCUUUAAUGGUAACGCCCUCUCUAAUGGUAACGCCCUUUUUAAUGGUAACGCCCUCUCUAAUGGUAACGCCCUCUCUAAUGGUAACGCCUCUCUAAUGGUGACGCCCUCUCUUAUGGUGACGCCCUCUCUAAUGUGCCCUCUCUCUAAUGGUAGCGCCCUCUCUAAUAGUAGCGCCCUCUCUAAUGGUAGCGCCAUCUCUAAUGGUAACGCCCUCUCUAAUGGUAACGCCCUCUCUAAUGGUAACGCCCUCUCUAAUGGUAACGCCCUCCCUAAUGGUAACGCCCUCUCUAAUGGUAACGCCCUCUCUAAUGGUAACGCCCUCUCUAAUGGUAACGCCCUCUCUAAUGGUAACGCCCUCCCUAAUGGUAACGCCCUCUCUAAUGGUAACGGCCUUUCUAAUGGUAACGCCAUCUCUAAUGGUAACGCUUUCUCUAAUGGUGACGCCCUCUUUAAUGGUAACGCCAUCUCUAAAAGAAACGCCCUCUCUAAUAGUAACGCCCUUUCUCAUGGUAACGCCCUCUCUAAUGGUGACGCCUCUCUAAUGCGCCCUCUCUCUAAUGGUAGCGCCCUCUCUAAUAGUAGCGCCCUCUCUAAUGGUAGCGCCAUCUCUAAUGGUAACGCCCUCUCUAAUGGUAACGCCCUCUCUAAUGGUAACGCCCUCUCUAAUGGUAACGCCCUCUCUAAUGAUAACGCCCUCUCUAAUGGUAACGCCCUCUCUAAUGGUAACGCCCUCUCUAAUGGUAACGCCCUCUCUAAUGGUAACGCCCUCUCUAAUGGUAACGCCCUCUCUAAUGGUAACGCCCUCCCUAAUGGUAACGCCCUCUCUAAUGGUAACGGCCUUUCUAAUGGUAACGCCAUCUCUAAUGGUAACGCUUUCUCUAAUGGUGACGCCCUCUUUAAUGGUAACGCCAUCUCUAAAAGUAACGCCCUCUCUAAUAGUAACGCCCUCUCUAAUAGUAACGCCCUCUCUAAUGGUGACGCCUCUCUAAUGGUGACGCCCUCUCUAGUGGUAACGCCCUCUCUAAUGGUAACGCCCUCUCUAAUGGUAACGCCCUCUCUAAUGGUAACGGCCUCUCUAAUGGUAACCGCCCUCUUUAAUGGUAACGCCCUCUUUAAUGGUAACGCCCUCUCUAAUGGUAACGCCCUCUCUAAUGGUAACGCCCUCUCUAAUGGUAACGCCCUCUCUAAUGGUAACGCCCUCUCUAAUGGUAACGACCUCUCUAAUGGUGACGCCCUCUCUAAUGGUAACGCCCUCUCUAAUGGUAAUGCCCUUUCUAAUGGUAACGCCCUCUCUAAUGGUAACGCCCUCUCUAAUGGUUACGCCCUCUCUAAUGGUAACGCCCUCUCUAAUGGUAACGCCCUCUCUAAUGGUAACGCCCUCUCUAAUGGUAACACCCUCUCUAAUGAUAACGCCCUCUUUAAUGGUAACGCCCUCUCUAAUGGUAACGCCCUCUCUAAUGGUAACGCCCUCUUUAAUGGUAACGCCCUCUCUAAUGGUAACGCCCUCUCUAAUGGUAACGCCCUCUCUAAUGGUAACGCCCUCUCUAAUGGUGACGCCCUCUCUAAUGGUAACACCCUCUCUAAUGGUAGCGCCCUCUCUAAUGGUAAUGCCCUUUCUAAUGGUAACGCCCUCUCUAAUGGUAACGCCCUCUCUAAUGGUAACGCCCUCUCUAAUGGUAGCGCAAUUUCUAAUGGUAACGCCCCCUCUAAUGGUAUCGCCCUCUCUAAUGGUAACGCCCUCUCUAAUGGUAACGCCCUCUUUAAUGGUAACGCCUUCUCUAAUGGUAACGCCCUCUCUAAUGGUAACGGCCUCUCUAAUGGUAACGCUCUCUCUAAUGGUAACGCCCUCUCUAAUGGUAACGCCCUCUCCAAUGGUUACGCCCUUUCUCAUGGUAACGCCCUCUCUAAUAGUAACGCCCUCUCUAAUGGUAACGCCUUCUCUCAUGGUAGCGCCCUCUCUAAUGGUAGCGCCCUCUUUAAUGGUAACGCCCUCUUUAAUGGUAACGCCCUCUCUAAUGGUAACGCCCUCUCUAAUGGUAACGCCCUCUCUAAUGGUAACGCCCUCUCUAAUGGUAACGCCCUCUCUAAUGGUAACGCAAUUUCUAAUGGUAACGCCCUCUCUAAUGGUUACGCCCUCUCUAAUGGUAACGCCCUCUCUAAUGGUAACGCCCUCUCUAAUGGUAACACCCUCUCUAAUGAUAACGCCCUCUUUAAUGGUAACGCCCUCUCUAAUGGUAACGCCCUCUCUAAUGGUAACGCCCUCUCUAAUGGUAACGCCCUCUCUAAUGCGCCCUCUCUAAUGCGCCCUCUCUCUAAUGGUAGCGCCCUCUCUAAUAGUAGCGCCCUCUCUAAUGGUAGCGCCAUCUCUAAUGGUAACGCCCUCUCUAAUGGUAACGCCCUCUCUAAUCGUAACGCCCUCUCUAAUGGUAACGCCCUCUCUAAUGAUAACGCCCUCUCUAAUGGUAACGCCCUCUCUAAUGGUAACGCCCUCUCUAAUGGUAACGCCCUCUCUAAUGGUAACGCCCUCUCUAAUGGUAACGCCCUCUCUAAUGGUAACGCCCUCCCUAAUGGUAACGCCCUCUCUAAUGGUAACGGCCUUUCUAAUGGUAACGCCAUCUCUAAUGGUAACGCUUUCUCUAAUGGUGACGCCCUCUUUAAUGGUAACGCCAUCUCUAAAAGUAACGCCCUCUCUAAUAGUAACGCCCUCUCUAAUAGUAACGCCCUCUCUAAUGGUGACGCCUCUCUAAUGGUGACGCCCUCUCUAGUGGUAACGCCCUCUCUAAUGGUAACGCCCUCUCUAAUGGUAACGCCCUCUCUAAUGGUCACGGCCUCUCUAAUGGUAACCGCCCUCUUUAAUGGUAACGCCCUCUUUAAUGGUAACGCCCUCUCUAAUGGUAACGCCCUCUCUAAUGGUAACGCCCUCUCUAAUGGUAACGCCCUCUCUAAUGGUAACGCCCUCUCUAAUGGUAACGCCCUCUCUAAUGGUGACGCCCUCUCUAAUGGUAACACCCUCUCUAAUGGUAACGCCCUCUCUAAUGGUAAUGCCCUUUCUAAUGGUAACGCCCUCUCUAAUGGUAACGCCCUCUCUAAUGGUUACGCCCUCUCUAAUGGUAACGCCCUCUCUAAUGGUAACGCCCUCUCUAAUGGUAACGCCCUCUCUAAUGGUAACACCCUCUCUAAUGAUAACGCCCUCUUUAAUGGUAACGCCCUCUCUAAUGGUAACGCCCUCUCUAAUGGUAACGCCCUCUUUAAUGGUAACGCCCUCUCUAAUGGUAACGCCCUCUCUAAUGGUAACGCCCUCUCUAAUGGUAACGCCCUCUCUAAUGGUGACGCCCUCUCUAAUGGUAACACCCUCUCUAAUGGUAGCGCCCUCUCUAAUGGUAAUGCCCUUUCUAAUGGUAACGCCCUCUCUAAUGGUAACGCCCUCUCUAAUGGUAACGCCCUCUCUAAUGGUAACGCAAUUUCUAAUGGUAACGCCCCCUCUAAUGGUAUCGCCCUCUCUAAUGGUAACGCCCUCUCUAAUGGUAACGCCCUCUUUAAUGGUAACGCCUUCUCUAAUGGUAACGCCCUCUCUAAUGGUAACGACCUCUCUAAUGGUAACGCUCUCUCUAAUGGUAACGCCCUCUCUAAUGGUAACGCCCUCUCCAAUGGUUACGCCCUUUCUCAUGGUAACGCCCUCUCUAAUAGUAACGCCCUCUCUAAUGGUAACGCCUUCUCUCAUGGUAGCGCCCUCUCUAAUGGUAGCGCCCUCUUUAAUGGUAACGCCCUCUUUAAUGGUAACGCCCUCUCUAAUGGUAACGCCCUCUCUAAUGGUAACGCCCUCUCUAAUGGUAACGCCCUCUCUAAUGGUAACGCCCUCUCUAAUGGUAACGCAAUUUCUAAUGGUAACGCCCUCUCUAAUGGUUACGCCCUCUCUAAUGGUAACGCCCUCUCUAAUGGUAACGCCCUCUCUAAUGGUAACGCCCUCUCUAAUGGUAACACCCUCUCUAAUGAUAACGCCCUCUUUAAUGGUAACGCCCUCUCUAAUGGUAACGCCCUCUCUAAUGGUAACGCCCUCUUUAAUGGUAACGCCCUCUCUAAUGGUAACGCCCUCUCUAAUGGUAACGCCCUCUCUAAUGGUAACGCCCUCUCUAAUGGUGACGCCCUCUCUAAUGGUAACACCCUCUCUAAUGGUAGCGCCCUCUCUAAUGGUAAUGCCCUUUCUAAUGGUAACGCCCUCUCUAAUGGUAACGCCCUCUCUAAUGGUAACGCCCUCUCUAAUGGUAACGCAAUUUCUAAUGGUAACGCCCCCUCUAAUGGUAUCGCCCUCUCUAAUGGUAACGCCCUCUCUAAUGGUAACGCCCUCUUUAAUGGUAACGCCUUCUCUUAUGGUAACGCCCUCUCUAAUGGUAACGCCCUCUCUAAUGGUAACGCCCUCUCUAAUGGUAACGCAAUCUCUAAUGGUAACGCCCUCUCUAAUGGUAACGCCCCCUCUAAUGGUAACGCCCUCUCUAGUGGUAACGCCCUCUUUAAUGGUAACGCCCUCUCUAAUGGUAACGCCCUCUCUAAUGGUAACGCCCACUUUAAUGGUAACGCCCUCUCUAAUGGUAACGCCCUCUCUAAUGGUAACGCCUCUCUAAUGGUGACGCCCUCUCUUAUGGUGACGCCCUCUCUAAUGGUAACGCCCUCUCUAAUGGUGACGCCCUCUCUAAUGCGCCCUCUCUAA